AUGGCGCAUCGUCUCGCGGUGUCGCUGAAGUUCCGGCGGGCGGCGCAGCAAGUGAUGGAGGGCGUCCUCCCGCGCGCCAACCUCGGCGAUACCACUUCAAGUGCUACUAAUGGCACCGCCCUGGCAGGAGCGAGAAGCGCUGGGAGUGCAGAGCACGCGGAGGCAGCAACACGGCCGAUCCUGGAACGUGAGGAGCGGCAUCACGGCGUGAAGCAUCAGCAUCCUUCCGAGACCGCCUCCUCCCUCUACUCCCGCCGCUUCUCCCGCUCAGCUUCCCUCACUCUUCCCCACCUCUCUUCACCCAUUCCUUCCUCACACUCCCUCGCUCUCUCCGCCGGUUCCUCUCCUCCUUUGCCCUCUUCUCCUCCCUCCGCCACCCUCCCAGCUGCCGCCUCUGCUUCACGUCCUUCUUCCUGCACCACUCACCCUCUUGCCUCCAUACGGCCCCCCUCUGUCCCUUCCUCGUACCCCCUCUCUUCCCCCUCCUCCACCUCUUCCCCCUCGUCCCCCUCCUCCCCAUCCUCCCAAUCUUGCCACUCCUUCCCCUCUUCCCCCUCCUCCCAAACUUCCCCCUCCUCCCACUCCUCUCUAUCCCCCCCCUCAUCUGCUUCCUGCCGCUCGUACGCCUCCUCCCCCCGCUCCCCCUCCCCCUCCUCUUCCUCACUUUCACCCCGCUGCCCCGCACCCCCUCCUGCCCACAUGCGCAAGUGUCUGCCCCCGUCGCCCACGGCCAGAAGGCUGGGAGCACAGCUGAGAGCAGCGGCAGCAAAGCAGGCCAGCGAACAGCCUGUGGGAGGCACGGGUGGUGGGAUCUUCUUCUGA